UAUCGGCCCCCACUCGCACACGCUGUUCAACAUAACAAAAGAUUACUUCCACAUUCGAGUAUACUGUCUUUUGUAAUGAGUCGGCAUAAAUGGAAGGACUUAGCCACCGUCUCACACAAGCUGUCAGUAUGGCACGACCGUCACGUCUGUCUGAGUCAGCUGCCGUUAAAAGCAUAAUUCUCCUCUGGUUUCCUGACGAGAAAACGUGGGCCGAUUGCCCUACCAAGCGAGUUAUCCCUGUCGAGCACAGGGGAAACCUGAAGAAGGGGGGCUGGACGCCGGUGGUUUUCGACGGGAAGCCAACGAAGGGAUACAUCGUGGAAUAUUCUGAUGACAAAGAUGUAGUCAUGAAUGCCAUUAUCAAAAUUGAUAAUGAGGACUACAUGUCGACAUUACCGAGAUCGGAGCAAGAUGCAGUUGGAGACUUGGAAGUACGGCCACAGAUCGCCCACCCGACAAGCGCCGAAGUCCCCCCAGUCGCCGAAGUCCCCCCAGCCCCAGUCGCCGAAGUCCCCCAAAACGAGCAGACCGACCAGCAAGGAAAACAGAAGACAAAAAAAGGAGGGAAAAGGAAGCAACCCGAAGGGGACUCCUCCACCAAACCCAAAAAGAAGAAACAGGCAGUGCCUAGGAACACGAGAGCUGGCCACCACGCCUUGAUUGACGUCACCGGUGCCACCCCGUGCAUAGUCCCAAUGAACCAGAUUGAGGGGUGGAAGACGGUGGACCUGUUGCAGGAUGUAGAAUUCAAGUUCUCCAACAGCAAGAGGCGGGGAAAAUUGAUCAUGACAUCAGAAACUGGGGACGUCCUCUCAUACAUGCGGGACAAAAUCAUGGAGGGGAAGGAGAACCUGCAACCAGCAGGGAAAGAAUCGACCCCAAAGAAAAGCGGCAAUAAGCAGGCUGCAAGGCGUCUACACCGCACAGCUACACCAGCAUAUGUGCAGAUGGCUCCUGGGGAAACCAACUGUUCAGGUGGGGCAUCAGCCAGUGCCCUCCGUGACCACACUAACAUCAUAACUUUAACCCCUCCUAGAGUAACACAGACUCAACCAACUCCGUCGCUUACUUCAACUCCUGUUGUAACACAGACUGAACCCACUCAUCCUCCAACUCCUGUUGUAACACAGACUGAACCCACUCAUCCCCCAACUCCUGUUGUAACACAGACUGAACCCACUCAUCCUCCUAAUCCAACUCCUGUUGUAACACAGACUGAACCCACUCAUCCUCCUAAUCCAACUCCUGUUGUAACACAGACUGAACCCACUUCGUUUCCUCAGACUUCUGAGCUUGACUCUGAGCUUUUUCGACAUUUUCGAUUUUGCUGAUAACAGCUCUAAUGAAGUUGCAGGGCUACCUUCUUUCUCCAUUCCAACCCUCACUCCCGACCUUAACACACUGAUCUACGGUACUAACCAGGCGGACGUCCCUCCAGAACAGUUGGCUCGUCAAAGCUUUCAGCUUAUGCAACACGUUGCGCAACAAGUGGAGCAGCAGUGGAUCCUUCUGGCCACCCUGAUGCCGCCCGGAAGCCAGUCCGGCCGUCAGCCAGGCAGCCAGCCCAGCAGCAAGUCCAGUAGCCAGCCCAGCAGCAAGUCCAGCCGCCAGCCCAGCAGCCAGCCCAGGAAGGGAAAUGGCACAAGAAUUAAGUGGAAGAAGCCAGGUGAAGAGCUAAGUGAGUUGACUGGCCCCACUAUUUUGGGUCUUAUGAAAAAAAGCCAUGGCUAUGCCCAUUUUUCCGCAAACUGUGCAAAGUUGCUGUUUUCUGGGCCAGAACUGGUCAGCCGGAACGUAAGGGGGGUAGCAGGCAGUCCUGGCCUAGAUGAGGGCAAGAUAGACUUGAUCAAGUCAUACAUAGAGCUACACUACAAGGUUGACAUAGAGGAUGUGUGGGGCGAAUGUAGGAACCGUAUCAAUGGAUGGGGUCGGUAUCUCAAGAUAAAUGGUGUUCCGAGUGAAGAGUCAUACCAGCAGCAAUCCAGAUAAAUUGUAGAAGUUUGAAUAGACCCAUUUCGAGUGUUGUUAUGAAACAACUGAGCAUAGUUCGUUGUCUGCACGAUGUUGCUCAAUGUAGUGUGUAUGGUUUUACAUUUUGCGUAAAAUCUUAACUUGCUGCUAUUACUAGUAGUUGACAAAGCAUGAAAAAUGUUUGUACAUGUAUAUGCAUAUCUGUAAGUCUCUUCAGCAUUUUUGCAACGUGUUCAGGUUCACAGUGUGAAUAUUAUCGGUAUAUGGUUUUACAUUUUGCAUAAAAUCUUGCUGCUAUUAGUUGACAAAGUAUGAAAAAUGUUUGUACAUGUAUAUGCAUAUCUGUAAGUCUCCUCAGCAUUUUUGCAACAUGUUCAGGUUUACAGUGUGAAUUAUCGGAAUGCCACACAAUUACAAAGGAAAAUCCAUUGUUGUAUCCAAUAUGUCGUCAACUCGUAAUAAUUUUUUUGAAUAAAGUUUCGACAUUCUGAGAUCGUCAGUGCGUUGUUUGUCUUUGUGUAAUACCAAUACGGUGCUCGUUUCUAAUACCCCCCCCCCCAUCUCAUCGGGACGAUAGAGUCAUUCCGGACUAUCGUAUAAUUAAGAGUU